CUCUCCGUGACGUCGGUCGUGCGUGGCCACGCUGUAGUCUUACUGGAGGACGUCUGCAACGUUUGUGUGCGUGCAGCGGGACUGCAGUACCCAGAGUGCACCGCGGCCGGCAGACUGUAAACAAGGACGGAGGCUGAAGGACGACGCGACUAAUGAUCGUGUUUGUGAGGUAUAACCUGGGUCCAGGUGUGGCUGUGGAGCUGCAGGAGGAGUCCAGCGUGGCCGAGCUUAAGGAGGUGGUGGGGAGUCAGCAGGGAGUCCGACCAGAGCGCCUCAGGGUUCUAUUCGCUGGGAGGGAGCUGAGGAGCAGCGCCACGCUGCAGGGUUGUGACCUCCCAGAGCAGAGUACUGUCCAUGUGGUCCUCCCCCCAUCAGGUUCCUCCUCCUCGCGGCUGCUCCUCCUGCAGGAGCGCCUGGCUCGUAGCAGGGAGGAGGAGCAGGACGCUCUGACGCGGCUGGACCUCAGCUCCUCACGCCUCCCCUCCACCUCCUCUGGCCUGGCGGUGAUCCUGGAGGGGAGAGAUGGCGGAGCAGAGGAGGCCAGAGAGGAGGCGCAGGCUCCAGGUGUGCGUACCCGCAGUACUUUCUUUGUGUACUGUAAGAGCUGCCGGUCGGUCCAGCCCGGAAAACUCAGAGUCCGCUGCCGAAGCUGCCGCCAGACCACGCUGACGCUCAGCAGGGGUCCUUCCUGCUGGGAUGAUGUUCUCCUCCGAGGUCGGAUCCACGGCGUGUGUCAAUCAGACGGGUGUCCUGGCAAUGAAGCGGAGUUCUACAUGAAGUGUGCGUCCCACCCGACCUCAGAGGACGACCUCUCUGUGGCCCUCGACCUCAUCAUGACCAACAGCAGAGACGUCCCCUGCAUUGCCUGCAGCGACAUCAUGGACCUGGUCCUGGUCUUCCAGUGUUCGGAGCGUCAUGUGAUCUGUCUCGACUGUUUCCGCCGUUACUGUCAGACUCGGCUGAACGAGCGACAGUUUGUUUUCCAUCCUGUGAUUGGCUACUCGCUGCCGUGUGCCGUCGGCUGCGUGGACUCUCUCGUUAAAGAGGUGCAUCAUUUCAGGAUCCUGGGAGACGAUCAGUAUGGGCGGUACCAGCAGUACGGGGCGGAGGAGUGCCUGCGGAUGAUUGGAGGACUGAUGUGUCCGUCACCUGGCUGCGGGGCGGGGCUUGUCCCUCCGGAGGACAGCAGGAGGGUGGAGUGUGACCGGCAGCUCGGCUGCGGCUUCGUCUUCUGCAAAGACUGCAGGGAGGGCUAUCACGAGGGGGCGUGUCACUCUGAGCCGGCCCCGCCCACAGGGGAAGCCUCCCAGGGUUUCGUGGUGGAGGAGGAGGCGUCUCUCAGAGGGAGGUGGGAUCAGGCCUCCCUGCUCCUCCUGCAGGAGUCGACCAAACGCUGCCCUCAGUGUUCAGUUCCUGUGGAGAGAAACGGCGGCUGUAUGCACAUGCAGUGUCCUCUGUGCCGAGCCGAGUGGUGCUGGCUCUGUGGUGUCCCCUGGAACAGGGACUGCAUGGGGAACCACUGGUUCGGAUAGAAACGCAUGUUGUAACUUUACAGGUUCCUUAUUGUCACAAUAACAAACUGAGAAUGUCGACAGGUUAUCAGUGCUGAGCGUGUGAUGAAAAGGUCACAGGUUUGAGUUUCCUGUUCAUUCUCUGCUCUCAGUCUGUCCAAUAAAAAUGGUCAUUUAUUAAAAGGAUUGUUUUUAUUCACCUGA